AUGUCUCAAGUGGAGGAAGCAGCCCGGCGGCUGUCCAAAAGUGGGAGGAGCCUCUAUGCAGUGCUGGAACUCAAGAAGGGUGCAUCACCUGAAGACGUCAAAAGGGCAUACAGCCAUUCACCAUCCGCCCCCCACCCACCUUUUGGAUAUUGCCUGGGUAGGUCACUGGCCUUGAAGUAUCAUCCAGACAAGAAUCCAGGGAACCCUCAAGCAGCAGAAAUAUUCAAGGAGAUCAACACAGCCCAUGCCAUACUGAGUGACCCUAAGAAGCGGAAAAUCUACGACCAGCAUGGCUCAUUGGGAAUAUAUCUGUAUGAUCACUAUGGCGAAGAAGGCGUCAGAUACUAUUUUACUAUGAAUAGUUGUUGGUUCAAGACACUUAUCAUCCUGUGUGUACUUCUCACUUGCUGCUGUUGCUGUUGUUGCUGCUGUUUUUGCUGUGGAACACUUAAACCACCUCCUGAGGAGGUUACUAGGAGAAGAUACGAACAGAACGUCCAGAGAGAGCCUCCAAGGCCAGGAGCCAAAAGUCACUUUAGAAACAACGAAUAUGACGAAGAUGAUUAAGAGAUGAAG